UGUAAUUAUAAAAUGAGUUUAUAACCCGGAAGUACAAACUAAGUUUGCUAUCAAGUUUUUAUCACGAACUAAAGAGUGAUAUUAUUGACAAUGUAGCUCAAAAUCAGAAGCGUGAAACUAGGACGAUCGAGUUUACAAAUAAACAUGGCAAGUAGCUUUGUCAAACGGGCAAGCUAUCGUAUAACCAGCGAAGAGGAUAUACAUAAAAUUCCAGAUGUGAAAACUGCAAUGAUGUUAUUGAAGUCCUGGGGACUGGAAACAAAAGGACUUCGGACCAAAGACCAAGCUUUGCAGCGAAUAUUGGAUCAUUGGAGAACGACCUCCGAUGAACAACAAAAACAAUCAGAUGAAAAGAUCAACCGAUAUGUCAACGAUUCGUCAGAGAAGCUGAAAUCAAAUAUUGAAAAACUUGUAGCUAAGUUUGAAAGCAUGAUAAAGUUUUAUAAACAGUUGUCGCUCACUCACCAGAAAAGCAUUUGUGAAUCAUAUAGGAAUAUUGAGGAAAUAGCUAGAAGUAAAAUACAUAGUCUGAAAAAUAGUCAAAGUGCACUUGUUAUUUCUGGAGAGAUCGGUUCAGGGCAGACAAGUUUUAUUAAUCUCUUACUGCAAUCAAAUAUUCUACCAGUCGAAGAAGAAGGCUGUACAAGAACCUACUGUGAACUGAAACAAGGGAGUGAACCCAAGGCAACAUUGUACAGCAAAGACCCAAGUACUAUGGAAUCAAAGGUCACAGUACUCGAUAUGAAAGAAGAAACUAACAAAGACACUCUGAAUGAUUUUAUAACUUCUGCAAAUGAUAUGAUCUAUCAUGAAAAAGUUACAAUAGAGUAUCCUUUCGAAUUUUUAGAGAGUGGUAUACAUGUAUUAGACAUUCCUGAUCAUAUUGACACUUCUAUACCAUUAGAAGAUAUAAUAUCAGACCUGCCACCAAAUGUUGUGUUCAUCUAUGUUUUAGAUUUUUCUAAACGUGAACAUAUUGAUACCGGAAAGGUGGAAGAUUUUAUUGCGCAUGUCUGCAGAACGUCUAAACAUGGUUUCUCUUAUGAAGACGUGAUGGUCGUCUGCAAUAAAUGUGACGUCAUCCCUGAAGAACAGCUAGAUGACGCUAAGAUAAAUGCGAGAGAUCAGUUAUUAAAAACUUGUCCGGAACUGAAAGACGGCCAGAUUGCAUUUCUGUCGGUGAAAGAGGAACAGCGUUUAGAACCAAGUGGUAUACAUAGUGAGGACUUCCAAGCAGUUUGCAAAGCAAUUCACAAAUCAUUCUUGAAAAAAAUGGAACAGUAUCUUAAAAAGGAGUACAGAUGGUUAUCACAAGUACAGAAAAGGGCCUUAUAUAUUUUAAAAGUGAGCAAGCUUAACAGCAAUAAAACACUUGAAGAGAGAAGAGAAAUGAUGGCACAAGUUGAGAUACGCAUUGAAAAACUAGAAAAAGAAUCUCGGUUGAUAAUUGGCAGACUCCAUGAGGAAGUGGAUAUGGAAAUCGACAGGCUUUAUAAUAAACUAGUAGAUUAUCUGAAUUCUACUGAUUUAAAAUCUAGUAUGACAGUCUGGUUGGAUGACCAGUGUCCAAAACCUGAUAGAAAAUGGAAGCAUUUAAAAUGUGCUGCCGAAAAUAGCAUUGUUGAAAAACUCAGAGAAAAACUGAAUGAAUGGGAAAAGUCAAGUGCAAUCAAACUGAAAAUUCAGAAACAAAUAAUCAACAAAUUUAGUGAAGAAGUGGAACUUAUGGAAGCCCAUAUGAAGAAAAUUGGAGCGAUGCUAGCAUGUGGUGAUUCCACGGCUGUGGUGAACUUACAUAGAUCGUUCAAACAUGACAGUCCAGUGAAUCUGAGAAGUUCCCCUCAGUCAUCUACAGGCAAACCUCAGAAAGACAAGAAUAAACUCAGUGAUUUUGUCUGUGGUAUUGGAGGGUUUGACAAAGCUGUCAAGAAAGAGAUCAAACCUAUUUUCAACAAAUAUAAAAAAGAAACACGUACACAUCAUAUGUUUAAAGCAACAGAUAUUUACCUAAGAUGUCUAAUAAAGAACCCACAACUAAAAGAAACUGUAGGGAAAUAUAUAAAACGAUUUUCAAAAGAUAUAAACAAAAUUGCCAAGAUGAUUCCGGACUUGAUAGCAAUGGAUAAACGAUUGAUGUCUUCAUUAGAAUCUGAAGUCAUGGAAACAAAAGAAACUAUUCAUGUGAUACCUGAAAAUCUACGCAGAUGCCUCGUCUUACAAGGGGAACUUGAUUUAUUCUAUGUCUACGAAAUGUGGCAAUUGGACUACCGACUUCGGGAUUUAGAAUGGAAUGAAAAGCGGAAACUAGGGACUGGAAGUUUUGCAAAUGUUUAUCCUGGUCAUCUGAAUACAAAUGGAGAGAAAGUUGAAGUAGCCAUUAAAAUGUUCAAAGACCCCCUCCAGACAAAUAACAUUUCAGAGUUGUUACUUGAAGAUGAGACUCUAAGGGAGUUGGAGCAUGACAACAUUAUCAAAUACUACGGGGCUACAAUUCUACAAAAGGGAUCGCCACAGAAGACAUAUUGGAUUAUGAUCAUGGCUAGUUGCAUCACAAACCUGAAAGAGAUUUACCUUGACAAGAAAUCUCCCCUGAAAGAAGAUAUUCCUUGCAAGCAGACUAAAGGAACAAUGGAGUAUGAGAAAGCCAAAACUGCAAUGGUUCAUUAUGUGAUCCAGCUAUGUGAAGGUGUAUCAUAUCUACAUGGCAAGAAACUAGUACAUAGAGAUCUGAAAUUAGAAAAUAUUUUGGUAAACAAAUACAAAGAAAUAAAACUUACAGAUGUUGGCCUAACAAAACCAGAAGAGGAUAUUUCUGGAACAUUCGUCGGUUCACCGGUUUAUAUGGCACCAGAAGUGCACGAGCAAAAAUCAAUUUACAACCGGAAAGCUGAUAUUUACAGUCUUGCAAUGGUUUUGUGGGAAAUGUGGUAUGGCAAAUCCAUCAAUGAUGAACUGGACGGGAAAGUCAGAGGAAGACUCUCUGUCGAAAUAAGAGGAGGCACCCGUCCCAUGUUUAAAGAAGACCAAAAGCACACUAAACCACCUGAUGAGUGGAUAACAUUUAUAGAAAAAUGCUGGGCUGCUAAUCCGAAAUUCCGACCAAAAGCAAAAAAGGUCGCAGAAUUUUUCAAAGAUUCGUCACUAAAAUCUGUGCAUUUUGUAUGAGUUUAUAUGUGUUCUUUAAUCUGAAAUCUAUGCAUGUAUAAAUGUCUAGUCUCUAAUAAAUGAAUUUUAAGAUCAGUGUG